AAGUAAGUUGUGGAGAGGAGACUCGACGCCACUUAAAUCGGUGAGACGGGUAGACGAAGAAUCGCCCGUCUCAAGGAACACAAAAGAGAGAGACGCUGCCAAUUCGACACGCGCCACAAGGGCGAAUCCCAGCUUGUCGGUAAUUGCUGCCAUCUGGACGACGGACUCCACGGCGUGCAAUGUCAACCGCGUCCCCCUACCGGACGUAUACGGGGAUAAUUUGGAUGGGUAGACCGGUUGGCCCUCUCCAUCGCGGCCAGUGUGUUAAGCCUUAGUAAACGUUUUGAAAUACAUUUGAACUGAACCAACGCACAUGCCAAGUUCUUUGCAUGUGUGCGGAUACGCCUGGACAGUGCUGUAUGUAUGACACGAUGAGCGAAACAGCUACUUGCUUUGUAACCUAUACAACUUCAACUAAGAAGAUCAUAGUAGAAGAUAUGCGCAAGGAGAGCGAUGUUCACCACGCGCUUCUAGCGUCACCGUUCAAGGACCUCGUGAACGAGGGGCUGCUCAUUCAGGUCAAAGAUAAGGAUCUAGGUUUGUUCGUCGACGCGGAGGGAAGUGUCGAGCCAAACGACAUUUGGAACCUGGCUUUGAACCCACUUGUCGGUGAAGGCCAGAGGAGCCAACACAAAUCAACUGUUGAAAAUGACCUCCUACAACCUCAAAUAAACGCUUUUCGAUGCAAAUACCGAGAGCAUUAA